AUGAGUUCCCAAGUCCCCAAGCUAGCGGUCCUAGGUGCCGGCAAGAUGGGCGAGACCCUGAUCUCGGCGCUGCUCGGUGCGGGUCGCGCGACGCCCGAACGCAUUGUGGCCACCGCGUUGCAUGAAGAACGUCUGACCAAGCUCGCCAAGAACUACGAUAUCGCCACCACGCUGUCCAAUCGGGCAGCGGUCGAGGGUGCCGAGGUCGUGCUGCUGUGCGUCAAGCCGCAGAUCGCCUCGGCGGUGCUGGAGGAGAUCGCCGACGUGCUCGGCGAAGGGCAGUUGCUGGUGUCGAUUAUCGCUGGCCUGUCGACCGCUGCCAUCGAGGCCCAGCUAGAUGAUCGUCAAGUGGCUGUGGCGCGGGCGAUGCCCAACACCCCGAGUCGCAUCGGCAGUGGCAUGACCGCGGUAUGCGGUGGUCGUCAUGCCAGCGCCGAGCAAGUCGAGCUGGUACGUGAGCUGUUCGCCGCCGUCGGCCGCUCGGUGGUGCUAGAAGAGCGCUACUUCAACGCCGUUACGGGCCUGUCGGCCAGCGGGCCAGCAUUUAUCUACAUCGUUAUCGAAGCGCUCGCCGAGGGCGGCGUCAAAGUCGGCUUGCCGCGGUCGGUCGCUAUCGAGCUCGCCGCGCAGACCUGCGGCGGCGCCGCCGCCAUGGUGCUCGAGACCGGCGAGCACCCGGCGCUGCUCAAAGACGAGGUCACCACUCCGGCCGGCUGCACCGUUGACGGCAUCCUAGAGCUCGAAGAAGGCGGUCUGCGAGUGACCCUUAUCAAGGCCGUGGCCGAGGCCGCCCGACGUUCCGCUGAGCUGGUGGAUGGCUAG